AUGGGAACUCUCUUCUUCCCCCUCUCCCUUUGUUGUCCACCAUGUCUGAGACUGAGACCCAAACAGUACUCCUCUUCAAGAACCCAUCUUUCAAAACCAAUUUCGUGGCAUCACGUCUCCUUAAUCACUUCGAAAUCCAACAGAUUCAGAGGCAAAACUGUAGUUUUUGGAGGGAAUUCAAGUGACAUCCCAAAUGAGUCUCAGUUUCUGGAUGAAAAUGGAGCUGUUGACGAUAUGGAUGGUUAUCUCAACUAUCUUUCUCUCGAGUAUGACUCUGUUUGGGACACCAAGCCAUCAUGGUGUCAACCGUGGACGAUAACACUGACUGGAGUAUUGGUCAUUGCCGGUAGCUGGUUAAUUUUGCACUCAGUUGUGGCUACAACAAUCGUACUCUUAUUGAUAUGCACUUGGUGGUACAUCUUUCUGUUUUCUUAUCCUAAGGCAUAUACGGACAUGAUCGCAGAACGAAGAAACAGGGUGACAAAUGGUGUUGAAGAUACAUUUGGCACGAGGAAGAGCCAGUGA